AAAGAAAGUACAUUCCAGAUAACAACACCUACAAUUGUCUUGUUCUCGCCGAUUGUCUUUGCCAUCUCAGUAACAUAUUUUGAUUUGGAACUGAGCCUUCCCACAGGAGUGUUCUUAUCAGGGUUCACGCUAUACCCAGCUUUUGACGCUUUCAUUCUUAUGUUUGUGAUUACUGAUUAUCGGAGAGUGUUUAAAAGUGAGUUUAAAUG